AUGGACCAGACCCUAGAACGUGAACGUCAAUAUCACAUGGAGGACUACCAACCUCGAGCACCUCGUUACGACAAUCGUCGUCCUUACGAACGUCGUGAUGGUUACGACGAUUAUAAUCCCAAUGAUUACAACCGCGAAAAUCGUGAACAUAAUCGUUAUCCACGGAAUGGGCAAUAUUCUAAUGAUGAACGCAGGAUGAUGGAUGGACAUCCUCAGAGAGAUUUCCGUCCUGAAUAUGAUGAGCGACGACCGAAUCGAGGAAGGAGGAGACCAGAAGGGCCAGGCUAUGAUAGGAGACCACAAGGGCCAGGAUAUGAUUUUAAUGGUGGUGGACGAGGAAAUGGCCGUGGCAGGAGAAAUUGGCAUGACAAUAGAGAUUCAAGGAGAGGAAGAGAGCGGGAAUUCCCUGAACGAAGAGGGAAUUGA